GUUCAUCAGGCACCGCCAGGGCGAUUGCCUUUUAUCUCUUCUACUCGGGUCCCGACUGUACAUACUUAUUGCCUGUCUAGACUCAAGAAUAUGGAUACAUUUGCAGGCUAGAGCGACCCCUGCCGACCCCGACAAUUCUCCGAUGCGGAGGUGCCUGCAACCCGUCUCGCGGUUAACUUCCAAUGGCGCGGCCUGACAGGCGCAUCAAUCUAGCGGUCGCCAGGGCCAUCCCUCCAUUCUUACUAUGUGUCUUUAUAUAUGCAUCCUACGCAAUCACCAAGCCCUUAUGCAUCGACUAUCUGAUCCAUCCCCUUUCCAAGUAUGACCGCGACAGUCGCACUGGCGCGGGAAUCGCCAUCCUCGUGGUCUACUACAUCCUUCUCCUGCUCGUUCUGACAACAUACAUGCGACUCUUGCAUACUGUGACCUGGAAUGCCGGGCUACUGCCGCGAAAAGCUCCUCCGCCCGCAGAGGCUGAGCCUGCACCACCCCAGUCAUCAGGUCGCCAUCAUCGAAAGAAGAAGAGACAUCGACGGCAUACAAGUGCGGAAAAGGCUAAUGCGAUGGACAGAGAUGUGGAGAGUGGGGCCGACUCGACCGCUGAUGGGGGCAUGACUCCCUGGGAUACACAUGGGAUGGAGACCUUUUACACCAAAGACGUUUUUGUUUGCCAGCCGGAUGGCCGACCUUUAUACUGCUCCACAUGUUGUCAUUUCAAGCCUGAUCGGACUCACCAUUGUCGGGAGGUCGACCGGUGUGUUCGCAAGAUGGAUCAUUUCUGCCCAUGGGUCGGAGGAGUGGUUUCUGAGACGUCCUUCAAAUUCUUCAUUCAAUUCGUGUUCUACACUGCGCUCUAUUGCAUUUUUUGCUUAGUUGUUUGUGCGGUGUUUACUGCCGAGAUCAAACGCCAGACUGGCGGUGCGAAUCCUCAUCUGGCUGUUGGAAUUGGAUUGAGCGGUUUCUUUGGACUCUUCACUUUUGGAAUGACCCUCAGCUCUAUGCAACUCGCCAUGCUGAACCUGACGACGAUCGAAAACAUCAAUCGUCGGUCGGCUGUGUGGACUCUGGCCAUUCGCGUGCCGAACCAUCUGCUCGGUCGACUCAAUCCCGACUCUCGCUGGGCCCCGACCUUCCGCACCAUCACGUACCCCUUACCCCCGAUGCCCCUCACUCCUGAGACCCAGAAGAACUAUCAGCCGCCUGGGGAACAACACAUCUUCGCAAUCCUCCAAACCCUACCCGGAGAGAACCCAUUCGACCUCGGAAGCCCCUUCAAGAACCUCCAGCAGGUGCUUGGCUACAACAUCAUCGACUGGUUUGUGCCACUCAAGCAGAGUCCAUGCGCCGUCCGUAAGGACUCCGACAGCUUCUUUGAAUUUGGACCUGUGGUGUCGCGCCUGAAGCGAGAGGCUGGGCUUGAGAAGCCAGCUUUGGAUGAGACUCGUCCUUAAACGUACCUGAGCUUGUAGAACGCUAAGCGCGAGAGACUGGCUUGGUCCCAUAAAACUAUCGAUUUUGAUUACGUUGAUCUGAAGCUCAGCCUGCGGCUGGGACUCUUUCCUUCUCUAUUUUUUCUUUUCUUUCAGGUUAGACCUUGUCAUGUCCAACUUGGUGAUCAGGCGCACCGGUCUUUUUGUCAUGUGUAUAGAGAGCUCUCGAUUCUACUUCUACUCGGGCUAAUUGAAUUAAUACUAGUACUGCA